AUGGUCACCCGAUUGUGUUUGGCCGUGCUUGUGCUCUCCACUGUCGCCGCGCUGGAUCCAAGCGAUAAACCGAAGGGACCAAAAGUCACCGAUAAGGUAUGGUUUGAUAUUUCGAUUGGCGAUAAACCGAUCGGGCGUGUUACAAUUGGACUCUUCGGGAAGACGGUUCCAAAGACUGUGCAGAACUUCAUUGAACUUGCCAAGAAACCACAAGGCGAAGGUUAUGUGGGGAGCAAAUUCCACCGCGUGAUCUCCGACUUCAUGAUUCAAGGUGGAGAUUUCACUCGCGGUGAUGGCACUGGUGGACGUUCAAUCUAUGGUGAAAAGUUUGCCGAUGAGAACUUCAAGCUGAAGCAUUAUGGAGCUGGAUGGCUAAGCAUGGCAAAUGCAGGACCUGAUACAAAUGGAUCCCAAUUUUUCAUCACCGUAAAGAAGACUCCUUGGCUAGAUGGAAGACAUGUCGUUUUUGGGAAAGUGCUUGACGGAAUGGACGUCGUUAGAAAGAUUGAAAACACUCCAAAGAAUGCUGGUGAUAAGCCAAAAGAGGACGUGACUAUUACAGCUGCCGGACAUGAGGUUAUCGAUCAACCAUAUUCCGUGGACAAAGUUGACGCCCAG